CUCUUCUUUCAUUUCCUGGAUUGCUUUAGAAGUUUUGUGUUGUUGUUGAUUUUUAACCUUGUCUUGGAUCUCAUUGAUCUUCCUUGUAAUCCAUGCUUUAGAUUAUGUAUCUGUUCUUUCUGAGUUUCCAUUUUGGCUAUAGACCACUGCUGGAGAGCAAGUUUAAUCCUUUGGUGGUGUCACUAUAUUCAGAUUUUUCAUGGUGCCAGAAUUCUUUCACUGGUUCCUUCUCAUUUGGAGAUGCUGGCAUUUUAAUUUUAUAGUUAUUUUCAUAUGGGUAGGAUUAUGUAUUUUUCUUUCUUUCCUUAUAAUAUUAUUGGGAUUUUUUCUUUCCCUUUCCCUUUUCCCCACUCUCUAGAGAGUGUGACUGUAAAGAAUGCUGGGUAGGGUCUUUUGGCUUUGAUUCUAUAACCCUAUGCACUUCUGCCAGCAGGUUUUAUAUUGGGCUGUUCAACCUACGAGCCAGUAGAUGGUGCUGAUAGCUAAGAGCCUGCUGUGGCCAAUGACUGGGUUUAUACUUGAUCAUUGUUUACUGGGAAAAACUGUUACCUCAGGCAAUGAGCUGAUUCAUGAAGUUCACAGUGGUCUGAGCUCCCUGCUCAGACACAGGGAGGUAGGGGCCAAAAUGGGCAGAGCUGGACUGAGCAGGUCCAACUACAGGUUCCCUGAUGGCAGGCACAAGCACCAGCACCAAGAGAGAAUGCAGUGGGUAGCCACUGCCAAGCACCCAGAGGUGCUUGGAAAAUUCCCUUGACCCCAAGUUUCCUGUACAGGGAUGGGAGUGGCCUAAACUACUCCAGGAGAGUGAGUGUUCCAGAUGCCUGGACAUCUAUCUGAACAUGAAGCCCAAUGCACCCAGAUCUAUGCACAGGAAGGGUGGGUGGCUCAGGCUGCUGUUCCAGGCAAGCAAGUAUUCCAAAUGCGUGGAGAUCUGCCUGAGCAUGGAGGAGAGAGGGCCCCACUGUACCAAGAUCUCUGUGCAGGAGGGUUUGGGUAACUCAGACUGCUGAUUAAGGCAAAUGGGUACUCUGAAUGUCUGAUAAUCUGCCUGGUCAUGGACCAGAGAGGAACUUGCUGCACCAUGAUCUAUGUCUUGGAAGAGUGGGGCAGCUCAGGCUGCUGAACCAGAUGAGCAAGUGCACCUAAUGCGUGGAGAUCUGCAGGGGUACAAAAUGGAGAGGGCCUCCCCACACCCAGAUCUCUGCACAGGAAGGGUAGGGCAACUCAGGCUGCUAGUCCAUGUAAGCAGAUGCUCCAAAUGCCUGGAGAUCUGCCCACAGGUGGAGUGGAGAGGGCCGCCUUGCACCACAAUCAUGCAUGGGAAAGGUAGGACAACUCAGGCUGCUGAUCAAGGAAGAGAGUGCUCCAGAUACCUUGAGAUCUGCCUGGGUGUGGAGCCGAGAGAGCCACGUUGUACCACAGUCUACGUCUAUGAAGGGUGAGGCAGCUCCCACUGCUGGUCCAGACAAGCAAGUGCUCCAAAUCCUUGGAUUCUGUCCAAGGGUAGAGCAGAGAGGGCUCUGCUGCACCACAAUCUCUGGGGAGUACACUGGGUUACCAUGCAAUGACAUAUGCAGACUGGUUCCAGGCCACCAUGCUAGCCCUGGCUGCAAGUCUCAUCACACAGAAGAAACUGUAGCUGUGGCAGUUCUCCUCCCACCUCAGGCCUGCAAAGGGAGGGAGCACAAUCUCAGCACCUAUUGCUGAGGCCCUUUGUGCAGUUCUGGCUAUGGAGACCCCUACCCUAAGCCAGAGCAGGUGCUCCAAUUGCUGACUCGAGACUAAAAUGCCUGUGUGGCCACAGUGCUAGGUCACCAAAGAAUGGCUGACUUUGUAUGUGUCUGAUUUAAAAAUGGUACCCUGCUCUCAGUCCUGAGUCUUGGAAAAUGUUUGCAACUUUUCUCUGUGUCUUUUCCUCACAGCAUUUCCAAGCCACUUCCCCAAGUUAGUUCCAGGGCUUGUGAGAAACAAAGUGCUCUCCCUCAGCCUGGGUCGCUUGGAUCCCAGGUGGAAAGAAAGAGCCUCCUGAUCUAGUCACCAAGACUGCCCAUGACCUUCAGCUAUGUACCCCAACCCUCUCAUUUAUUGCACCUGCUGGGACCCCUGGAACGUGGGACCACGGAAGCUAAUCAAGACCACUCAGCUACCACGAAAGAACCCCACAGGGAGGUCUAAGCAAACUCCUCUCCUACCAGCUCCAAAAAACCACAAUUACCUCCAACCAACAAAACCUGUUUUUUCCCCAAAAGUGAAAAGCCAUUUAGCAAGGCAAGAAGCGAACAAUAAAUCAUUUUAUGAAGUGAUCAACGUGUCACCUGGCUAUCAGCUUGUUCAGAAUCGGGAACAGAUUUCUGUCACCUUAGGGGAUGAGAUGUCUGAUAGGAAAAAGCAGUGGGAAUCAAAGAUCCUGGACAAAGGUGGAUUUAACAGGCCCAACAUCAUUUCUGACCUAGAAGAGCAAAUCUCAGAGCUGACAGCGAUAAUUGAACAAAUGAACAGAGACCACCAGUCUGCCCAGAAAUUGCUCUCCAAUGAAAUGGAUCUCCGCUGUGCUAAGAUGAAACAGAACUUUGAAAACAAGAACAGGGAGCUCAAAGAGGCCCAUGAAGCAGAGCUCAAUGAGUUGGAGAACAACUACAAAGCAGCCUUGAAGGCGGAGAAGUUGGCUGCCCAAGAGAAGCUAGAGGAGAUGGGAAAAGAAUACAAGUAUUUGAAGAAUAUGUUUCGUAUGUAUCAGGACAGUAUUUAUGAUGAAAUGGAAGAGAAGUGGUCAAAACAGAAGGCAAAAUGGGAGAAGGAUGAGAAGUUGGAGCGAGAAAAGGUCCUGCUACAGCAAAAAAAAGAGAUGACCAAAAAAUUUGAGAUGGAAUCAGAAGAAGAAAAGAAGAAAAUAAAUGAAUCCUGCAGUGCUGUCUUUGAGAAUUUCAUUCAAGAGAAGGAGGAGCUCUUGAAACAACAUGAAAGUGACACCUUGCAAUUAGAAAAGCUGAGAAAAACCAAAGAGGUCAUAGAGGAAGAACUGCAGAUGCAAGCUUUUAUCCUAGAGUCCCUUAACACAAAUCUCCACUAUACCCAGUUGGAACUCCAGAAAGAGAAAGCUACAGUGGGAAAUCUGGAGAAAACGCUUCAGACCAAGCUUGCUGAAGCUGAAGAAAAGUAUAAGUACACCAUACAGAUCCUGACGGAAGAGAACAUUCAUCUGAAGCAAAAGAUAAUGUCUAAGAAUGAAGAAAUUUAUGAAGGAUGUUCUGGGAGAUUGGCCCCUGUUACUGUUUCUAAGGAUGAUUCUGACACCAUGGAAGAUAGUAACAAGAAAGGACAAGAAUCACAAACAAAAAGCUGUUCUCCAGGGUUGAAGAUGGUAGGCACACCAUUUCUGUAGGCCUAGGAAACUCCUGUGAGGGUUUUCUUGAGAAAAUGCAUAUAAUGAGUUUAGUACUUGGGUUGCUCUGAUUCUAUUUUUGCUUUCUUCUGAGUGACUGAAAAUGUUUGAAUUCUCAUCUGAAUUUCACAGCUUAUCAUGAACACUUCAUUGAAAAAUGACACUCUCUGUACCGGGAGCUGAGCUUUCUCUGAAUUUUGUACUAUUUUUCUUCCACCCUUACAUAUUUCAUUAGAAAGAAACUGAUUUGAAGGCCUUC